AGUCGGAUGAGGUGGACUUUCUAAAUUUUAUGGAAUAGUUGGAGAUCUCAAUAUCAAGGUGUUCCCAUGAGGCCUUGUGGCGGGCGUGUUCCCGGGUUUACUCUCCUGAUCUGGAUGAGUGUGGCUCGGCUUGUUUGUGGCUAUGGGCUGUCGGAGGAGACCAAAACUGUGCUCCUGAGAGAGGCAGAGUUUGAUGUGAUUUACGAAGACACUGUUACAAGCAACAAUCAGACCGUCUACGCUUUCAACUACACACUCUUCAGGAAAAUGACAGAGGGCCUCCGAGUGUCUGUAAAUGUCCUGUCUAAUGUCUCACACAGUCCCAUACAGUUUGUCCUUCGUCAGAGGCAUUCUGUAAUGUCUUUCCCAGUGCCUUUGAUAAUACGAGGCCUGACGCAUGAGUACAGCCAUGUGGAGAGAACGCUGUGCCCUCCUCCCACAGUGAACGACUCAGAGGAACAGUCCUUGUUUGUGGAUGUGUGGAGUUUAAGGAGCCACAGUACACAGUACCAGCUCAGGGUCAGCCGUGUGGACAACUUCACACUGGGGACAGACAAGAAGCUCAACUUCACAGCGUCUCCUUCUCAGCCCCAGUUUUUCAAGUAUGUUUUUCCUGACGGAGUGGACAGGGUUAUUGUCAAAGUCACCUCGCACAUGAAGUUUCCCUGCUCUGUCCUGUCCAUUCAAGACAUAAAGUGCCCUGUGUAUGACCUUGACAACAAUGUGGACUUCACUGGGAUGUUCCAGACUAUUACAAAACUGGGUGCAAUUACAGUUCAGCGUAAGGACUUUCCCGGUAACAGCUUCUAUGUGGUGGUGGUGGUCAAAUCUGAGGACACGGUGUGCGGUGACUCUACAGACUCCUCCACGAUGGACACAGACCGAACCAAAGUCCUGGAAGUCGUAGUGUCCCCUUCACCCCAAAGUAAGGAAAGUCUCCAGCUUCAACCCAUGAAUAUGGACGAUGUGAGUAUGGCCUGUAGUAAUCCUGAAACGUACUGGGACAGAUUUUCAUAUUUGUUCUGUUUUAGGAACAUUGCCACUAUAGCCGUCUUCUAUGCUCUGCCUGUGCUCCAGUUGGUCAUCACUUAUCAAACGUUUGCAAAUGUGACAGGAAAACAAGAUAUCUGCUACUACAACUUCCUAUGUGCCUAUCCGCUAUUAGGUCUGAGCUCUUUCAACAACAUCCUGAGUAAUCUCGGGUAUGGACUGUUGGGUUUCUUAUUCCUCUGUAUUGUGUUUAAGAGAGCCAUCACACACAGGCAAGCUCUGGUCUGCAAGGACAGGAACGCUUUGGAGAACGGUAUCCAAAAACACUUUGGCCUGUUCUACGCUCUGGGCAUGGCUCUCAUGAUGGAGGGUGUGCUCAGUGGCUGCUACCACGUCUGCCCCAACUACACCAACUUUCAGUUUGACACGUCCUUCAUGUACAUGAUCGCUGGGCUGAGUAUGCUCCAGCUGUACCAGAAGAGACACCCGGACAUCAGUGAAAACGCUCAUGCUGCGUACUGCUGCCUGGCUCUGGUCGUCUUCGUCUCUGUAAUCGGAGUGGUUUUGGGAAAGGACAGCAUAACAUUUUGGAUUAUUUUCUCACUCAUUCACAUUUUGGCCUCUCUCUUUCUGAGUGCACAGCUCUACUACACAGACACAUGGAGAGGUUGUAUCAGACAGUGUACCUGCCCCAUAUACAUACAUCGAUUGGUUUUCCUUGUGGUGGCAAAUGUUGGCAACUUCUGUCUAGCUGGCUAUGGAGUCAUUAAGAGACCAAAUGACUUUGACACGCACCUGUUGGCCAUCGCCAUCUGUAACCUGCUGUUGUAUCUCUUUUAUUACAUAUUCAUGAAGUUGUGGAAUGGAGAGAGGAUCACCAGGCUGGCCAUCGUCUGUAUUGUCCUCACCCUGAUCUUUUGGGGGUGUGCGAUCUCCUUUUUCCUCCAAGGUCUCACCACGUGGCAGAAAACUCCAGCAGAGUCACGUGAAAAUAACAAAGACUGCAUCCUAUUGUCUUUCUUCGAUGAUCAUGACAUCUGGCACUUCCUAUCCUCCAUCGCCAUGUUUGGAUCAUUUAUGGUCCUGCUGACCGUAGACGAUGACCUCGACACGGUCAAAAGAGACAAUAUCCCCGUUUUCUGAAGUGACCUCCUUUCAGUUAUUCCACACUUACCUUAUGCAUUCAGAGAAUUCUAAUUAUUAUUUUAAAAUUUAUUGAUGAUUUUACUGAGAUGCUUUCAGUCAUAUGCACA